UCCCCGCCUGUCUGACCUGCUCACAAAGACUUCUGUCAGUUAGUUUACAUCAUGUUUACAUCAUGUUGACAAGACGCUGUGUUCCACGAUACCACAGCAGUACAAUUUGAACCUUCUGUUGUGCUCGUCAUUUUACUGAAGACUCUUCUCUAAUGUUUGCUUUUAUCUUCUUUGGCUUCUAAUCUUCUUUAUUUGGACUAACAAGCACCUCCGAACCACAGCCUCUGGUCUGUGGUGAGCCAUGGAGGGAUGUGUGGUCCAUCUUCAUAGUGUCCACUUCAGGGGUGUUUUGAGUGCUCAGCCCAUCAUAGUCAACUUCCACCAACUCUUCCAGACCAGAGAUGCUCCUGCAAUUCUGCCUACGAUAAAGAAUGAGGAUGUUCUGCGGGCUGUGGUGGCUCUAUUGGACACGUCCUUGCCUGAUAUCGGCCCUAGAGACAUGCAUGAAACAGUGCACUACCCUGGGAUAUAUACUGUUAUUUUGUCACGAGACCAUGCAGAUGUUUUAGAGGACUACAGAGGGAGAGCAUCCCAGAAGAGGACAAGUUUCACUCCAGUACCCUGUAAAACGACAGUCAAAGCAAAUUGCACGAGCAAUAUGCUGGCUGAGCUGUACAGUGACUCUGAAGACAGUCCAGAGGAAACCUCAGAGGAGAUAAUAGCAGUGGAGACAAGUGGCAGUUGGUCUUGGGAGCAAUUCUGUGAAGGCCUGCAGGAAUUUGUGGACGAAGCAAAGGAUAGGAAAGAAAGAAGAGCAGUACAACGAGAAGACGGAAAGAUCCCGCCAUCCGCCGUAGGAGUUGAAUCUCUGAUCGUGGCUGCUGCUUGCUACGAACUCAAGAUACUGUCUACAGGAGACAUGGUGCUUCAGUUGUCUCUUUUGGCUGUAAGGAAACGCUACCGGCACCUUGGGAUUGGCAGCUACAUCAUGGAGCUUUUGAAGACUCAGUCUGUAGUAGGAAAAUACGACACACUUGUUGCCCACGCUGACACUGAUGCAAUAGGUUUCUUCAAAGGCCAUGGGCUCACCGAUGACCUCCUGCUCAAUGACCAGUUCAAAGAGCUGAAAGAUGAAUGGACUAACAGUAUUCUCAUGAGUUACCUGCCACCCUUUACUACAGACCUAGAAAUGAGAAAUCCAGGUUUCUCGCUGAAUUUACGAGAGGUGGAGAUGGACAUGGAUAUGGCAAAGUCACAGGCUCUCUUUGCAUAUCAGCAACAGGUCACGUGUGUGACGAGGCUACUAGAAGAGGUCAAGAUCUUGCACAAACAGCUAGAUUUACAGCGUGAGGAAGUGGACCGUCUCAAUUCCAAGCUGGAACUCGAAAAACAAAAGCGCCAUGAUAUAGAAAAGAGGUUCUUGAUGUACAGGCUGAAGAACACACAGGAACUGUUAGACAGUAUUUCCUCAGACUCAGAUGAUCAGGAACAGACUGAACAGGAACAUUCAAAACCAGGGACACAAGACCAAGAAAAAGCACAGUCUGCAGAACCUUCCAUCCAAACACCAGAGGGUGCUGGAGUUUGAAGUUUUGUACCUUUUAGAGUAGGCAAAUAUUAAAUGUUUGUUGUGCAUUCUCAUAUUUUUGCAAUGAUUUGUUAUUUUUGCAUUUGCUUGUAUGUUCAGCUGUACCUCAUAGUCUCACAGGUUUUGAAUAUAAUGUUUUUAAGAGACACUCUGUUGGUUGCCAGUGGUAAAACAUCUCUGGAGGUCAAAAAUUGACAUACACCUUGCAGAAUGUGCAAAAUGUUAUUAUUUUACCAAAAUAAGAGGGAUCAUACAAAAUGCAUGGAUUUUUUAUUUAGUACUGACAUGAAAAAGACAUAAAAGAUGAUUAUAUAUAGUCCACAAGAGUAAAUAAAAGUUGAAUUUAUA